AUGGUGCGUGUGCGGCCCCCUGCCCCCUGCGAGCGAGAGCGGGCCGCGCACCCCGUCCUGCGCGUCGUCGACCAGCACAUCCUCGUCUUCGACCCUGAGGAGCGCGGCGACCACCCUGGCGGUGUGCUGCCUGCCCGCGGGCCCAAGCACCAGGGCAAGGACCUGAAGUUCAUCUUUGACCGGGUUUUUGGGGAGGGGGCCACGCAGGAGGAGGUGUUCCAGCACACCACCCGUGAGGGUUUGGACAGCGUCCUCAAUGGCUACAACUGCUCCGUGUUUGCUUACGGCGCGACGGGAGCAGGAAAAACCUACACCAUGCUGGGCUCGGAGAAAAGCCCCGGCAUCAUGUACCUCACCAUGGUGGAGCUGUACAAGAGGAUUGAGGCCAGAAAGGAGGAGAAGAGCUGCGAGGUCCUAGUCUCCUACCAGGAGGUGUACAAUGAACAGAUUCACGACCUGCUGGAGCCCAAGGGCCCUCUGGCCAUCCGGGAGGAUCCCGAGAAAGGAGUUGUGGUUCAGGGUCUCUCUUUCCACCAGCCUGCGUCGGCAGAGCAGCUCCUGGAGAUGUUGGCCAACGGCAACAAAAACCGGACACAGCAUCCCACUGAUGCCAAUGCCACCUCCUCCCGCUCGCAUGCCAUCUUCCAGAUCUAUGUGAAGCAGCAGGACCGCAUUGGUGGCCUCACUCAGGAUCUGCAAGUGGCCAAGAUGAGCUUGAUCGACCUGGCAGGCUCGGAGCGAGCUUCAGUCACCAACACCAAGGGAGAGCGGCUCCGGGAGGGUGCCAACAUCAACCGCUCGCUGCUGGCCCUCAUCAAUGUCAUCAAUGCACUGGCUGAUGCAAAGAGCAAGAAAACCCACAUCCCAUACCGGGACAGCAAGCUCACACGCUUGCUGAAGGAUUCCAUUGGCGGUAACUGCCGUACCAUCAUGAUUGCUGCCGUGAGUCCCUCCGUGCUGGCCUACGAGGACACCUACAACACGCUCAAGUACGCCAACCGGGCCAAGGAGAUCAAGCUGUCGCUGAAGAGCAAUGUGCUCAGCUUCGACUGCCACAUUAGUAAAUACGCUGUGAUCUGUGAGCAGCUGAAAGCGGAGGUGGCAGAUCUGCGGGCAAAGCUCCGUGCCUACGAGGACGCUGCCCGGGAGGCAGAGAACCAGGCGCUGGGGCCGCUGGCUCCCCUCAGCUCGAGCCUAGUGGCGCUGCCCAGAUUGGAGGAAGCUGUCCCAAAGACGUGCUUGGCCCUGGAUGAUCAGAGGGAGACCGAUGGAGAGCAGCAGGAGCUGGAAGAUGGAUGGCCUGUUCAGAUGCAGCUGGAAUCAGAGGAGGCUCCAGAGGAAAUGCCUCCCAGCAGCCCCGGAGCAACCCACCAGACAGAUGUCCAGCUGGAACCGAAGAAACCAAGCUGCCUUCUACAGGGGUUGUCUGGCAGCCAGAGAGAGACGCUUGUAGCUGCUAUCCUGAGCGUUGCCCGAAAGCAGUAUUCCCUCCUGAAGGCUGCCAACCUCUUAACUCCUGACAUGGUCUCUGAAUUUGAGGAACUGGAGCGCCUGGUCCAUCAGGAGGCUGGUGUAAGCCUGGAGCAAGUCAAGUCCCCAGACACACCCGCAAAGGUCAGCGGGGCCACCCCAGCCCCGAGGAUGCAGCAGGGCUGUGACGUCAGCCCGGCUGUGUCUGUCACCGUGCCCAGUGCUCCUGUGACGAGCACCGCCCCGCAGUGCUUGCAGCAGCUCGCUCCGCUCUCUGGUCCCACACCAAUGGCUCCCAGCCCGAUUAAGAAGAGGAGGAGGUCGGAGAUGAACAGUGCUUCCCAGUCAGGAACUCCCUGCAGCCUCAAAAUGCAGAUGAAAUGCCAGCGGAGAGGUGGGAAAGAAGCAGAGACUCCCAGGGCGACGCAGAGCCUAGGCACCCCCUGUCUCAAAGCAGCAGCCCAGGCACUCCCUGUCUCGCCGGUGCCAUCGUGUUGCACCCCCAAAAUCUGUCCACUGACUGUCACCAAAAGCCGCGUGCCCCUGGCGGUGUCGGCUGCCCAGAACUGCUGCACCCUGCCUGCCCUGCCUGUCCACGACCUGAAUGUGACUUUUGAGAUCUGCGAGGACAGCAGUUCACUCGGCGUGGCUGAACCAGCUGCCUUCAGCCUGCCUGAAUUCCCUGUCUGGGAGAAUGUCCAGAGCCUCCUAAACAAGCAGGAGGGCCCCUUUGUGCCCAAAGCCUGCGUCUCAGUGUUUGCUGUGAGGGGUUCCUCCAUCCCCAAGCCCUCCUCGGUUUCCAAAGCAUCUGCGCAGAAGCGGAGGCGACUGGAGAGCACCGCUUCUCCCUUCCUGGGUGGGCUCCAGAGCUGCAUCGCCCAACUCCCGAGCAGCAGCCAGAGAUCUGCACAGCCCUCCCUGCGUCCA